CAGGAAGUCGCUGUGCAAAAGCGAUACAUUUCGUCGAUUCGUCCAGCUUAGAUGAGCAUAAAUGACGUCAAUUUGCGAAGAACUGCACGAAGGAAAAAACAGUGCGGAAGACACGAUCCAGCUGUCAGACAUCGCUUUGUUGUCGAAAUGCAUUGGAGGAUGCAGCCUUUGAGGGCUCAGAGCUUGUAGUCACCAGUAACCAGAGAGUCACUGCAAAGUGUAUCUGAAUCUGAAUGCACCAGAACGAGCUUCAUUAGGAGGUCCAACUUCAGCCAGUCCACACAUAAUCAUUUUCAGCCUGAUGGGGAUUGGCCUAUAACAGAAAUGAUGAGUGAUCUUCAAGAGUGUUAGAAUUCACAAUGCCUAAUGAGCGAUUCAAAUCAUCUCUUGGGCCUAUAUGGCUAUUAUUUUAUUCAAAAGCAGAAGUUUGUGCUCAGCACAUCUGAAUGUUUUGGUGGACGAGGAACCUAUCGAACGGAGCUCUUCAUGGCUAGAAUAGAAACAUUUGUGUCAGUCACUUGAGUUCCCCAAAAACUCCUGGUUGGUGUCUUCACACAGAUGCAAUAAUUUGGUGGGGAGAAGUUAGAAAAGGUGGCAAGGGAAACUGUGAUAAGUGAAAGAUUCCCUCCACCUCAAAUCAUCUGGCAUCAUGCAGUCAGAUGAUCUCUUCAUCCGCAAGUUUCGCAGGCAGAGCCCACGCCCUCCCCUAUCGACAGUGAAUUUUGAUUCCAAGCAGGAUGGUGGUGGUGUGCGGACACGAGUCGUGGCUGAAUGGCCCCCCAGAAGAGAGGGAGAGGGAUCAGACAGAGAGAGUGUCAUAUCCAAAACAGCUGAACUGAAUCUGAGGACGGUGGGUCAUGGACACAUCAUGCAGCGCAGCAACAGCGAUGUAACCCUUGGCGAUCUGGAUUCAGCAGGGCAGGUCGGAAGGAAGAUGCUCCGCGUAGGUGGAGACAAAACUGGAACAGGGGGUCAAGGGGAGUCCCUCCACCGAGAAUAUGGAAGCCUUUCCUCACUUGAAAGAUCAACACAGUGCCCAGAUCAUGGUGGAGAGGAUCAAGGAGCUCUCAGUCCCCAAGCAUUGCGCUUUAAAGAUCCCUUGAUUCUGCUGGGGCUGCAAGAGACGCUUCCUGAGCCUGACGGGUUCUUUCAAACUCUCUCCGCUCCGACAGUUGACACUUCAAAACCGGCCAAGCCCCCCAAACCUGAGGGGCUUGGUAAGAAGGCCAAACCCUCCCCUCUGCAAGCCUCUCAAUUCCAAUGUGAUCAGUUUACAGGUGGUGCUUGGGUACGCAAUUUUGCCCACUAUGAUGUGCAGAGCAUCCUCUUUGACCUGACUGAGGCUGCCACCAAUCGCGAUAGCAUUGGGCGCAAGAAGAACAUCACAUCAGGUGCGUCAGCUGCUUCUCAGCUUCGGCCACUCACACAAUCCACACCUUCCUCAAUUUCUCAAGGUGGUGGGGGCAGUGUGGGAAGUGGGGCUAGCUCGGAGGAUGUAGAGCAGUCUCUGCUGGAUGAAGGAGAUGGGAAUGAUAAUGAUCUGCUGCUCAGCUGUCCACACUUUCGGAAUGAGAUGGGUGGCGAGGAGAGUGGGGGACUCUGCCUGUCACGGGGCUGCAGAGGCCGGUGGAGGAGCCUGCAGAGCCCCAACGAUGCUGUGUCAGUGUUAGAAGAGCCCAGGGAAAGCCAUGUCCAACAACAGGGGAAGAGUAACUUCUUCAUAGAGCAUGCAGACCUAGGGGCUCGCUACUAUCACAAGUACUUCUAUAUGAAAGACCAUCAGAAUUUCUUUGGUAUGGAUGAGCGUUUGGGGCCAGUGGCCGUCAGUUUCCGCAGGGAGGAAAAAGAGGGAUCAAGUGGGUCCCAGUACAACUACAGAAUAAUUUUCAGGACCACAGAACUAAAGACCCUGCGUGGUUCAAUCCUGGAGGAGUCUGUUCCCUCGGCAGCACGCCACACCACGCCACGUGGCCUUUCGCCCAAGAGACUGCUGGAGUUCAUAUUGCCUGAUCUCAAUCUACACUGCCUCAGACUGGCCUCCACAUCCCCUAAAGUCAAAGAAACACUGCUUAAACUGGAUGAGCAGGGGCUAAAUUUUCAGCGUAAGGUGGGGGUGAUGUACUGCAAAGUGGGACAGAGUACUGAAGAGGACAUGUAUAACAAUGAGAGUGCUGGACCGGCGUUUGAUGAGUUUCUGGACCUUCUAGGAGACAGAGUGCGACUGAAGGGUUGGGAGAAAUACAGAGCUCAAUUAGACACCAAAACGGACUCCACGGGCACACACUCUCUGUACACUCGCUACCAGGAUUACGAGAUUAUGUUCCAUGUCUCCACCAUGCUUCCAUACACACCCAACAACACACAACAGUUACUGAGGAAAAGGCACAUAGGGAAUGAUAUAGUCACAAUAGUCUUCCAGGAACCAGGCGCUUUACCCUUCACACCAAAAGCCAUCCGUUCUCACUUUCAGCAUGUGUUCAUCAUUGUCCAAGUUCAUAAGCCCUGCACUGACGAUACUUAUUACAGAGUGGCAGUUACUCGCUCCAAGGACAUCCCUCUCUUUGGUCCUCUGUUCCCUAAAGGUGCACGCUUCCCACGUUCGCUAGCCUUCCGUGACUUUCUCCUUGCCAAAGCCAUUAAUGCAGAAAAUGCUGCUGAGAAAUCAGAGAAAUUCCGCUCCAUGGCCACACGCACACGUCAGGAGUACCUGAAAGACCUGGCAGAGAACUAUGUCACCACCACGCCCAUUGAUUCUUCCACCAAAUUCCCACUGUUGUCUUUGGGUGGAAAACGUAAAGAAAAGUUAAAGGGAGCUAAGGGGGCAGAGCUUCACAGCGCUGGGGCUUUAGUGUGGGCCGUCACAGCAAUUCAGGGUGGCCAGUGCAAUUGGCUGAACCUGCCCUGCCUGCUGGGCGUGUCAGCAGAAUCGGUGGUGCUCAUCGAGCGAUUCACACGAAGGGUGGUCUUUAAUUGCAGCUGUCGUGAUGUGAUUGGAUGGAAGGCAGUGACCGAGACAGGAGUUCAGGGUGGGCCUUGCCUGGAUAUCUUCUACGAGAGGGGUGAGGCGGUGACUGUGACUGUGCCAGACAGCCAAAUGGAGGAUAUUAAGGAGGUGGUACAGAGGCUUGAGCUGGUUACUAGAGGAUGUGAGGCACGUGAGAUCACACCCCUGAGGGAUGGAGUCGGCCAACCUGGUUUCCUGAUGAGUGAGGAAGGAUUUGUAACUGAGCUCCAGCGUUUUGGGUAUGCGGAGAGCGGGGGACUGCAGUUGGAGGCUCGUGUAGUUCGUCUCUGUGGCCAGGUCCUGGUACACCUCAGCCAGGAUGAGAGAAGCAUACUCCUGCGGACUGCACAAAAGAUCCACAUCACAGUCAUUCCACCAGACAAGAAUGGAAAACCACGCAAGAGUUUCUCUGAGCUGUACCAGAAAGCCAUUCAAGAUGCCGAGAGCAAAUCUGGAGAGGGAUGCUCGGGUGAAGCCUGGGUCUUGGAUGAGCGAGGAGAAGAGGCUGAUGAUGAUGAUGAUGAUGAUGGUGAUGAUGAUGAUGAUGGAGGGGAAGAUGACAAGAAAGAGGAUGAAAAUAGGGUGUCAGACAGUGAAACUCAAAAGAAGGAGGGACGUGAAGAGGAGGUAGAAAUUUCAGGGAGCGAGGAUGCAUACUCGCUCCUCUCUCCACCCAGCUUGCCCCUCUUGCGGGCAACAUCCCUGCAGCACAGCGUAAAGAGCCAAACUUCAGAGAUCAAUCCCGUCUCUCUCACUCGGAGCUACUCGCUAGAAAGCCACCCCCCAUUCCAGGAUAUCCUUGAAGGGCAUGUGUAUGUUGAUGUGGGGCUAAAAGGAAACGGGCACAUUUAUGAAAACCCUGGAGAGCUUAGGGAUGCGACCCCUGACCUCAUACUGGCAGUCAAAUCUAAAGUGCCUCAGGAGCACGAGGAACAGUUUGGACCUGACAAGGGGAUUGAGGAAUGGCCAUCAGGCAGCGAUGUGACCCUGAGAUCUGCCAGCAUGGAAAGAGCAGAAAGAAACUCUAGAGCUCUUAGCCUCCACAACUCCAUCACCAAGAUUCUCUCAGAGACAACGGAUUCAUCGGAGGAGGAAUGGCAGUCUAUUGCUGAUCUGGCCACCGCCUGUCGGAACAUUCUGGAAGCUCUGUCUAGAGAAGACCGGAAGGCCAGAGACGGCUCACAAGCAUCCCUAGAGACAGACAGCAAGUUUAAAGACAGUGACUCGCCCUGUCACCUUGAGGAGAAAGUGUCCCAGUUGGAGGCCAUGUUGAAGCGACUGCAGGACGACCUCCAAAAGGAGAAAGAGGACAAGGCAUUGCUGCAAGCAGAGGUUCAGAGUCUGAGGCAGAACAACCAGCGCUUGCAGGAAGAGUCUCAGAGCACAGUGGCACAUCUCAUCAAAGUCACUGAGCUGCUCUGCAACAUCACCAAGCCCAGCUAGCAGAGAAGUCCAUUCCAUGGCAGCAUACAAGACCAAGAUUCAAGAUACACAUUGACACAUCUGAAGGCCAGUACAGAUGUUAGCAAACCCUACAAACGUGGCUCAAAAAAUGACUCUUAAGGAGAUUGUUCUGUAAAAAAAAUAUUAAUUCUGUCACAAUUUACUCCCCCUCUUGUUGAUCUAGACCUGUAUGGCUUCCAUUCUUAUUCGGAACACAAAGGAGAUGUUAGACAAAAUGUUAGCCUCAGUCACAAUUCACUUUAAUUGUAUGUGACUGAGGCUAACAUUCUGCUUGACAUCAUCUACAAAUGUUAACAGGCAUUGAUAGCCUCAUUGCCAGUGUCUUGGACUAGCUCUGGAUCCAUACCCUCAGCAGGGGGUGAUAUUGUUCACUUGCAGCUAAACCCUCAGACCAGUGCCAUUCAGAACCAUAGACCACAAGUUCACUGUAGUGUCUACGUCAUCUUUAAGUACUGUUACACUGCUUUAUAAAUUAGGCUUUUUACCGUACCCCUACAUCUUAUGUAUGCAAGUUAGCAGAGUGGACAUAAACUAUCGGCUCCAGAUAACUAGCAAUACGUUGACCCAUAUUUGCUAUUGUAAUAGGUGGCUUUAGGAGCUUCAGACCACAAUUUAAAUGCAUAACCCUUUAUUAUCCUUCACAGUGUCAGAUAUUGGUAGAACCAAUUCUCUGUUGGCAAUAGGCCACAAGUUGGCUUCUCGCUUGUCCCUGAUGAGUGAUGCUAUUGUAACACAGAGUAAAGGUCUAUUCACAAUAAGAGUACUAAGAAGUGGAUUUUGUAAUCGGUGUGCAGAGGUCCACAGGGGUGUAUCGUUGACAUCCAAAUAUUUGCAUUCAUUUUGAAUGACCAUUUGGGAUAUGGUCCUUUCUACUCUUAAAGUUGCUGCAAAAUUAAUUUCCAAGUUGGACAAUAUUGCAUACAUAAUAAGUAAUUGAAAAGUAAUUGAAUCAAAGAAUUUUGGAAUCAUUGAAGAGUAUUUGUGUUACCAUUUUUCUUAUGAUAAAUGUGGAAUGAAAGAAGAAACUUAUUGGUGUGGCCAUUUGUCCAAUUCGUUUCCGCCAUCCAUCAAUUCCAAGCUAAAAGUCUUGUCAAGUCACAUUCUGAGAUACUUGUGCAAACGUGACUCCAUUCAGGCCUCAGAUUCCAGCAUUGGAACAAGUCUGUUAUUUAGCUAGGCUUGGCCCGGACCCUUAUUAAAAACCUGGAUCGAGAGAUGCAUUUUCCAAUCUUCAGCAUUGACAUUUUUGCAAGCCUAGUUCAGACUACUGUAGUUCUCUAAUCUGCCCAUUUACAAGAUAAUGUGAAAUGUUACUUUUUGAUGUUUGUAAUGGGACAUAAACUAUAUGUAUUUUACAUCUGAACUUUGAAUCUGCAACCUCUUCUCUUAUCUGGUUCUUUUGUUAUUUUUUUAGAGAGGGGAAUCAAUUCCAGAUUAAGACUUGUUCAAUUUAUUGGAACCACCUAAUUCAACAAUGAGUGGAGCUCUUGACUUGAGGAGAUAGGAUUUCUUCCCACUAACUGUCAAUUUGGUGUCAAAUUAUUAAGGGAAGCAUGUCUUAAAUUCCCAUUUCUAAAUAUGGGAGCAAUUUUUGAUUAGUGUUUGUUCGCUGCACACAAAGAUUUAAUAGACAAGCCAGAUGUGUGUGUUCUGCUGUGUUCACGUACUAAUUGCUUCGAGUGCUUUUUGCUGAAUUGUGAGAUGGCACAUGUUCUUAAAAAUUACUAUUUUGUCUCGUCUCUCUUCUAUUGCACUCUAAUAUCGCCCUUUACUGAAAGGUGCACUGAUAAUAUGAAAUACGACAAAAAGAGCAUAAUAACUGGACUCUUUCCUCCACACACAUACAUAUGCACCUGUACUCACACAGUUCGGAACAUUCCGGACAGACCUUGAAUUCACGUACUGCCAACGCAAACCUAAUGUCAUAUAUGGGACGUUCCCUAGUGUCCAGUAGAGGGUGCUACAAGGUUUCUUGUAUGUCUUUUAUUGUGAAGUCCUUGUUUCCUGUUUCCUCUGUUGAUUGUUUCCCCAGGUGUGUCUUGUCUACUAGCCAAGUUAUCCUUGGUGAGGCAUGGUCACAUUUACCUUAAAACGGCAAAAUUCCACAGGCAAAAAAGGCGUGGGCGGACAUUGAAGGCAUUAGAAAACAGCAAAAAACAAUUGACAACCCUUACAAAAACUGAGAGUUCAUGGCAAAUUCACUACUGAUUAUUUGUACAUGCAAAUGAGCUUUGCGGCAAAUUUGCGGCAAAUUGUCCAUUGUUGCCAAAGGAUUGCUGCAGGUGUACUACUACUGGAGAAGAGCUCAUUUGCAUGUGAAUAUAAUGUGAAAAUGUGUGGCAAGUUUGCGGCUAGUUUGCCAGAACUGUAGAUUCUUUUUGUAAGGGAAGUGGCCUCUUUUUUAGUCUUCUUGUUCCUAGCGCUUUUCAGUAGUGUAUCGCUGAUUUGCAAGCUGCUCUCCAUUUCUUUCAGUACAGAGCAUCUUCUGGGUCGACUCCAAUGGCACACUGGUCAUCUUAAAUACAGUCCAUCCAACCAGUGGCGGAGCUAGUGGGUUGCCACCCCACCCACAAUUGCGGUUUUAGUUAUUUAUUUUGUCAUUUUUUUGGCACAAUUAAGUUCUUUAGAGGUGAAAUCAUCUCUGUACAAAUGUACAAACUUAACAUGUGCGCACACCAAGGUCGCCAAACCUCUCCGUCCUGGGUGUCAUUGUAUCAUCCCCCCCCAGUCCGACAAUAUAAAAUGCUGUCCGAACAUUUCUGUGCCACCACAGACUGAGGUCCUUAAAAGUGGUGACUUUAUGUUCCUGGCCACCCACAGUGAUAGGAAGUAGCCUCUUUAUAAUAUAGAACUUUAAACUCUGUGAGAGUGACGUUAAAAAGAAACUCACCAAUAAAAUGAUGUCCUUGUCCAUUUUGAAUAUUCAGUGUAGCUGUGUAUGAAGCACCACCCACACAGAGGUCACUGCCAAACCAAGCAACUUCCUUUUGUUCAAUGUGGCAAAGUCGCCUGUUAAAGUUCACCAUACUCGAUCUUUGCACGAAGUCAGCGAGAGGAAAUUCUUUGCAACCGAAAGUCCAUUUGGUGAAAUGUAAGGAUUCCCAUUGAAACAACUGUAUUUCGCCCACGGGAUUUUGCCGGGCGACGGUAAAUGUGACCGUAACUUUUAGUCUGUGUAUAUUGCCCUCAUGUUCUCCGUGUCUUAGUCAGUUAUCAUCCUUUGUAGGCUGUGGUGUUUCUCAAAUUCUUGUACUGCACUUAGAGCCUACGAACUCUGGUCUCCAGCCAGCAUUACAGACUAUAAGAACUGACCAAGACACAGAAAUUAACAAGGAUAACAAGGUUAAUGGACAAGACAAACCUGGGAGACAGUCAACAAGGCAAACAGGAAACAAAGGCAGGACUUCAAAAUAAAAGAAACUCAAGUAACCUAGCGCCAUCUGCUGGAUGCUAAGGAACAUCCCAUGCAUGACACCCACAUGCAAAGGGAAACAAAGUUAAAUGUUAAAUGCCCUUCUUGAGCAUUACUGUCUGUAUGUUAUUUUUUCAUUUUCUUUUAUAGUCACUGUGAUAACCUGGUUCCAGGUUUCUGAUGUACUACCAUGAAAUUAUAAAUCUAUAUCUUUAUCCCUCUCUGUGAAAAAAUGUAGGGCCAAUAUAAGUGUUACUUCCCUCCAAUGUCUGUAUGUCCUGAUGGAACUGGAAUCAAGACUGGAGAUUACUGAUUAGCUGUUACCAUUAGUGUAGAGUUUGUUGAAUGCAGCACGACUUUAGUGCUAAUAAUUGUGACAGGCAGCAAUUUGAAUACACUGGUGCAUUAAUGCAAUCAGUCUUCAGUCAUGCAGUUUGUGGGGUAUACUUGGCAAAAUAGCUAUGUAAAGGAACUAUCUUCUGUUCAUCUGUGUGCAAAAUAGUCUUUUAGAUUGUUGGAGGUUGUGAAGUGCGCCAAGCAGUUCCCAAGCCACCUUCUGUAUGUGUGUAUGUAUUUAUAAAAAUGUAAUAACUUAUUAAUCUUGAAAAUGUGGAUGUUAUUGGUAGAUAGAUAUAUUUGAACGGGAAGGGAAGGAAUGCAAAUCUUUGAGCCAUUGAAUGGGUUGGGUUAGGUAAAGUUAUCUUAUUUUUUUAAGAGCAUUAUGACAAGACAUGAUGGCAGCUCAUAAUUUGUCAUUUGGUUUACUGGAAGAAUAGUAACGUUUCUUUCUGGUUGUGUGUGUUGUGAGGUAUGCCUUAAGUGGAAACCUGAAAUUACCCUGGAAAAUAACUCAAAGGGACAGUGUGAGUUUAACACUCGUGGCUACUUGAAUAAUUAUGUGUGACAUUCCAUAUGUUCAUGUUCUUAACAAUUAUGAUCAUUUUUUGUUUUUAAUUGCCAAAGCUGUAUUAUGAAUUUACCUUCUAUUGAAACUGUAUUGUUAACUUGCUGUGUUGACCCAAGUGGUUUCCAGUUUAGAAUCUCGCAUUGUUAUCGACCAUUUCUUUAAACAACAUUAUCAGCAAAUGUUUGUGUGGAACAAAAAAUGCAGUUAGACUUGGAAUUCAUAAACGUAUUUUAAAGGGACAGGUUUGUAUAUCAAACUAAACCCUCUUUUUAUGGUAUGGUAUUUUUAUGGUGCUUCAAGUGCUCCCCACCAUAUAGUUAAGCUUGUCUUUUGUUUUAUUAUAAAUUAUACAAUUCAAUUUUACUAUUGUUUAUGAACUAUUGGUCUUUUUCUUUUUAUAUGAUGUUUAAAUAUGCACUGAAACAUCUGAAUGGACUUUAAAAGUACAGCCUGCAUACCACAGUCACUCAAGCCAUGUAAAUCAUGCAGACAAAGCCAACUAGUCUUCAGCAAAUAGGUGUGCUGAUUGCUGUAGUAUCAAAUGAUGUAUUUUAACUUUAUGAACAAUUGCAGACUGUGCAUUUAAACCCUCAAUCGCUCUUAUGAAUGUCAAUUUUUCACUUUGUUAGCUGUAUCUGCAAAAACAAAUAUGUUGCUCUUUUUCAUGUCUUUCUUGUUAGCCCUGUCAUUGCUUAGUCCUGGACUAAACCAUCCUAUUAAUUGUUAUUCCACGCAGAUGAUCCUUGCAAGUCAAGGACUAUUCUUAAUUGCCAAAUCCACCCCAGAUUAGCAUUACUGUAAAUCUACCUAUCCAAUAAAUGAUCAGCUCUCUAAUACACCUGUUUGAAUCCUUAGUUAGCAGGCACUGUUUUGCAUACUAAGCACUAUUGUCAUAUUUGAAAUAAAUGCAUGGGUAUGUGGCAAACCACAAACCCACACUCUAUGCACACUGGUCAAUACUGACUGGACCAUGGUUAGAGGAAUGUGCUGUCCAGUCAGAACUACACUUGCUACACUUGUUCCUUUUAACUGAUAGGGAAGUAUUGUUUAUGUGUGUGAACCAGAGGGAUCCUGGCAAUAAAAACUGAACUGGUAU